UUGGGGCACACUGCCUCAUUCUGGUCUGCCAACGGACGCCAACGGCCGCGGGGACUCAGCUCGGAUCACUGCUCAGCCAUGUGGAAGCCUGUGAAGUGGGAUCCAGGCCUGUGGGACCCGGCUUCCGAAGGACAGCCCUUAAACACCGGAUCGAUGAGGCCCGGGGAAAUAACACCAGAAAAGGAUACAAUGGGACAGACAGUGAAUGAAGAUUCGAUGGAUAUCAAGAAGGAGGAAGAAGAAAAAACUUAUUCAAGCACAUCUUCUACACAAAAUGAUGAGUUCCAGUGGGACAAGUAUUUGCAGGAGACUGGAUCUUUCAGUGCUCCUUCAGAAUGCUUCAGACAGUCUAAGAUUCCACCUGUUAAUGACUUCAAAGCUGGAAUGAAAUUGGAAGCCCGUGAUCCUCGCAAUAUUAGUUCAGUAUGUAUUGCUACAGUAGUUGGAGUUACUGGGGCCAGGAUACGUCUACGGCUGGAUGGUAGUGACAAUAAAAAUGAUUUUUGGAGACUUGUUGAUUCAUCAGACAUACACCCUGUUGGGACUUGUGAAAAGGAUGGAGACUUACUUCAACCUCCAUUGGGGUACCAGAUGAAUGCAUCAUCUUGGCCAAUGUUUCUAUUACGAACACUAAAUGGAUCUGAAAUGGCACCUGCAGCAUUGUUCAAGAAGGAACCACCAAAGCCACCCGUAAAUAAUUUUAAAGUGGGGAUGAAACUGGAAGCUAUAGACAAAAAGAACCCGUAUAUGAUCUGCCCCGCAACCAUUGGAGACGUUAAAGGAGAUGAAGUUCAUAUCACAUUUGAUGGCUGGAGCGGAGGUUUUGAUUAUUGGUGCAAGUAUGAUUCUCGAGAUAUUUUCCCAGUUGGGUGGUGCCAGCUGACAGGAGAUGUAUUACAACCACCAGGAACUAGUGUUCCUAUUACAAAGAAUAUAGUGAAAAUACAGCAGUCUUUCCCUUCUGAAGAGACCGAGCAUUCAAUGCCAUCUCCACAGAAAACUGCUCUAGUGGUACCAACACAGCAGAUCAGGAAAUCCAGUCGAAUUAAAGCAUCUGGAAGUACUUCAUUUACCAAAAAGGGUGGUCCUUUUAAAAAUCUCUCACCAAAGAAAAAAGGUGUAAACUCAGGAAAAAAGUCUGUGUGUAUAUAAACAAACAUGGAGACUUUGGCCCUUACCUGGAUCCAAGGAGAAUCCAGCAGCUGCCCGACCACUUUGGCCCAGGACCUGUGACAGUGGUGCUCAGGAGAACUGUGCAGGCCUGUGUGGAUUGUGCUUUUCAGGCUAAGACUGUUUUUGGAUUCCUUAAGCCAGAUCAUCGUGGAGAAGUGAUAACUGCCUACUUUGAUGGGGAGACUCAUUCCAUCCAGCUCCCUCCAGUGAACAGCGCAUCAUUUGCUCUUCGCUUUCUUGAGACCUUCUGCCACAGCAUGCAGUGUGAUAACCUUUUGAGUAGCCAGCCUGUUAGCUCUUACAAGGGUACUGCUCAUAGUUCUCCAGAGGGUGAUAAAAAUAUUUCAGCAAUGGAAGAUACAGCAGCAAAGACAAGCAUCAAACGAUCUCCUCAACAACCUGUACCUUAUGUUGUUCCUCUCUCUCCUAAGUUCUCCAAAACAAAGAUGCAUGCCUCUAAAGAAGAAUUGUCUCCCGAGGGAAAUGGCAUGCCCAAAGAGGAAAACAUUCCUGAAGAUUCCAAGAAAUAUUUACUAAAUUUAGGAAAUCCUCCAAGUCCUGUCUUUAGAAAUCCUGUGUAUACUCAUACUUCAGUCUUCAAGAGUUUUCCUCAAAAUGUGCCAGGCACCUCAAGUUCAGCACUAGGUGGGAACAAAUCAUCUACCAAGACCGGUUACCAUGAUGUUAAAUUCCAAGUGCAGAGAAAAAGUGAAGCUCCAAGUUUUAUAGCUGUACCUGACCCCAGUGUCCUGAAACAAGGCUUCUCUAAGGACCCUUCAACCUGGUCUGUGGAGGAAGUGAUACAGUUUAUGAGACAUACAGAUCCUCAGAUAUCAGGCCCCCUCGCCGACCUCUUCAGGCAACAUGAAAUUGAUGGGAAGGCUCUCCUACUACUUAAGAGUGAUGUGAUUAUGAAGUAUAUGGGUCUGAAGCUGGGGCCAGCAUUAAAACUAUGUUACUACAUUGAUAAACUUAAAGAAGGAAAAUAUAAUUGAAAAAAAUAUAUACACGUUAAGAUUUGACAUAAUUCUCAGGUGUCCUGAUACCAUUUUAAUGUAAAAGUAUUUUUCUUCUAGCAGUUUUUGUUUUGUAAAAGGUUCCUAUAAAAUAUUUAUAAGAAUUUAUAGAACUGCAUUACGGUUCAAUCUACUUCUUUAAAAAUUAUUCGAGAUAUUAGUAUUGACAUGUUAAAAUUGGCAGUCCUUUGUCUUCUUUAUUAUUUUCAUUAUACAGUUUACAAAUAUGCCAUCAACAGUGAAAACCUUUUAUUUUGGUUAAUCUUUAUAUCUAGAACCAAAACAGCUGAAUCCCAAAGGGGGAAAUAUCAGGGACUGACAACUUCUGUAAUUAAAUCUAUUAAAAUGUUUCCUCAGAAGAGAAUUUAAAGGUACACCAUUAGAAUAGCAUCUUUCUCAGAUAGUUUGUCUGUGUGAUAAGUAUACAGUGAUCUCUUCAUGUUCUGCCAGUUUCCAGAAAGGAGAUAGCCAUAUAAAUUAUUUUCCUUUCUGUUCUUAUUUGUCUGUU